CUUCUGUGCUGCAGCAUUCAUUUCUCCUCGGCUUGGUGGUCCUUCCCAUGGGAAUUCGCUCUCACUUUCUCCUUUCAGAUGUGUUUAUCUUUCUGAUUCCCAGUGGUCCAUCCAUGACCCAAUCCCACCGUCAUUUCACCGGCUGCUGUGACCCAGAUCUGUCAGGUUUCUUGUCCUGUUUUUAUGUGGUCUGCAUCGAUCUAUGUUAUCUCUCUUGCGCACUAAGUUACAUUGUAAGGAUGCUGUAUUGGGUGACUAUCUAUUUGUAUGAGUCUUCUCAAGCUUCUUCGAUUCUAUUCGAAUUUAAUUGCUCGUGUUUGUUGGCCGAGCAAUCUUCCUCGACUGCUAAGCUGAGUAGGAAGAGAACCAACUGACGAAUCAACCCUUGUGUGCAAGCUGAGUAAGGUUUGAGAGGCUGAUGUAGACAACACGAGAUGAUGAUGACGCGAACCGUAAAGGCUGUGCAGGAAUGCGAGAGAGAGACGCGGAAUCGUUGGAGGACGGAGAAGGAGAUGGAGAUGAAGGUAGUACGAGUUUCUGGCAAUGGACAACAGGCACUAAUGACAGAUGGGGGCGUCGCACACAUGAGAGCUUUGGAUGCUAUCAUCCACUUGGAUCUCAUCUCAGAUCUUGAUGCUGAAGCAAUCAAAACUGGCACCUGGUCAGAACAAGACUUUGGUGGUGGAUCCUCUCUCAUCAUGCGCUAAUUUGGAAGUAUGCUAUUCCCACAGCCUCGAGACCCACCUCAGCCCGAUGGGGUCCAACCCCCAUUACUGCUGUUUCGGACAGGACGAGAGCUCGGAGAGAUGAAUCGUUCAAUAAUGGAGGAAGUAUUAACAUGGUCAGAUUUACUCUAUCAGCUCUUUACCCAAUGACUGGAAGGCAAUGUUGUACAUAUGGCAAUUGAUGGGAUGAUGCAUGAUAGUUUUAGGUAGGAAGAACAAUGUUGAUUUUUGCUAGGCAGGUCAGGCCUCACAUCAACCGGAAGUGAGUAGAAGAAGGAGAAGAUCAACAAUCUACUUUGGCUUCUAAUCGAUCUAUGUGACUCCACAAGUCAAUCGAUCAGAAAGCAACUUCAUCAAGUAACUUCAUGACGGAUAGGAGAGGCCAAAGAAGACAACAUACAAAGAUUGGGCACUACGGUGAGAGCUACAAGUAAGAUUUUGCUCACACUGUCGGUACUUCUCAUCCUCCUCUCUUCCCCUUUGUCUUCAAAGUUGGAAGCGACAAAAGGAGAACUGGGCGUACAACAGGUGUCUAGUAGAAGCAAAGAAGAAUUGCUUUACAAGGAGAACUUUCAAUUGGGGUCUGCACAUGAAACUCUCACUUUUGUAUCAGAGAAGUUGCUCCAAUAUAUAUCAAAACCACACAAAAUCCCUCUUUUAGCUAAAAAAACUUCAAGCCCAAUGGAAAUACAAGUAGAGCCAUAAUC